UGUUGCGCCCGCCAACAUCAUAUUCUUCUACUCGCGUUGCUAUCGGUCGUGCGUAAUUAUUUCGUGAAUAUUCCUGUUGGUGUUCUUCAAAACGUAGCCAAAAUGUUCGAAGCUCGGCUUAACACUAGCGCUGUCCUCAAGAAGGUUCUUGAUGCUAUCAAGGACCUGCUGAACGAGGCAACAUUCGACUGCAGCGACUCCGGCAUCCAACUUCAGGCGAUGGAUAACUCUCAUGUGUCCCUGGUUUCGCUAUCGCUACGUUCUGAUGGUUUCGACAAAUACCGAUGCGACCGAAACCUGUCGAUGGGGAUGAAUCUGGCCAACAUGGCCAAAAUCAUGAAAUGCGCAAAUAACGACGACAUUAUUACUAUGAAAGCACAGGAUAAUGCGGAUACUGUAACAUUCAUGUUUGAGUCGCAUAAUCAGGAAAAAAUGUCUGACUAUGAGAUGAAGCUGAUGAAUCUCGACCAGGAGCAUUUAGGUAUCCCCGAAACGGAUUAUGCUUGUGUAGUUCGGAUGCCCGCGAUGGAGUUCGCUCGUAUUUGUCGCGAUUUAUCGCAAUUCGGCGAAUCUGUUGUCAUUUCAUGCACUAAAGAAGGUAUCAAAUUCUCCGCUACCGGAGAUGCCGGAUCAGCCAACAUCAAACUGACACAAACGUCUUCUGUCGAGAAGGAAGAUGAAGCCGUCGUUAUUGAGAUGCAGGAACCCGUAACUCUGACUUUCGCCUGUCGUUAUCUCAAUUCAUUCACCAAGGCUACGCCACUUUGCCACCAGGUACAGCUAUCCAUGUCAGCUGAUGUUCCACUGGUUGUUGAAUAUCGAAUCCCCGAUCUAGGUCACAUUCGUUAUUACCUAGCCCCCAAGAUUGAAGAUGACGAAAACUAACUUAAAUAAAAUAAUACAAACUCUCUUAAAUUUCCAAAUUGUGUCCAAUCUGGUACGAGUAUUGUUGAAAUAGUCUUGUGCUAUGCAAUAAUUAAUGGUUACUUGCAUUUGUUUACUUCCGUUGGGUUUUGGGUUUGGGUAUGGGUUUUUCCCGUUCGACAGUACGAGUUUGGAAAGAU